AAAAUAAUAAUAUUGAAAAUUUGCCGAAACUUAAAAAACUUGCUCAUGAGUUAUUAACCGUACCUGAACAAAGCAGUAAUCAGACUCUCAACUCUGAAAGGGCAAAUAGUGUCAAUUUUCUUGAUCUUAGUAAUCAUAUUUCUCGUGCUGAAAAUAAUAAAAAAUCGAAUCAUGAGGUUCUUAAGUGUUAUUACGACCUUGGAAAGGCUUUAUUAAUGCAACUUAGAAUUUUUAGAGAAUCACAUAACGAAAUUGAAUCCAAAAAAUUAGUUAGUAGUCAAUUCCAUAGUGAUCUAGAAAUU